AAGGGAGAGACCAAGUCCGAGCAAGGGGCAGGACUAAAGUUAGAGGCACGCCCUCCCUGCCCAGAAACUAAACUUGGCACACCCUCUCAGUUACCGUACAAUAAAACAAGCCCCGGCAGGAGCCGAUGGAAGCAUUUAACCGUUUGUCCCGAUGCUUUAUAUUCAUGCACAUCUCAGUGUGUGCACGCGUGUAUUUAGCAGGCAAACCUUUAGCAUGUUUCUCAGUGGAGGGCUGUACUGUCUGUUAUUCUUCCCCUUGAUCCAAGGAAGGCAUGAGACAUUGUCCAGGGACCGGCUGGUGGGUUUAUCCCAGAGAGACCGGUCUCUGUGCCAUUUGGUCGCCGGUGACCAUUCGGCCCAUUCUUUAAGUUUCCUAGCCCGGCUCCGAGGUUUCAAUGAUGGACCAGUCCUCUUCCAAAGCAGCUGGAGCCGGCAGGGUCAGCUGGAGCAAUGCAUCUUCUGGCAGGAGGCGACUAUCACCAGCGCUUACCUGGCGUUUUGCCUUGAGAAGCAGGGCAAGCCACUGAGCACCGGGACUUUCCUGACAGAGUGGGACUCCCGCCUGGACACGGCCCUGAGAGACCUGGAGCAGUGGGCUCGGAACUGUUCCAGCCCGCUGCUGUCUGCCGCGGGCCCGGAGUCUCCACGGGGAAGGAGGAGCGCUGCCCUUGCCCCUCUGGGGAAGCCGGAUAGCCCGGGGUCAGCCUCAUUCCUCCAGGACCACCGGCCAGGAGCCAGGCGGAGCCGCCGGACUCUGACAUUUCCCGGUACCGUUUGGUGUGGGCCUGGAAACUCUGCUGAAAACUUCACUAGCUUGGGAAUAUUUGAUCAGACAGACUUAUGCUGCAGAGCACAUGAUCACUGUGAGCACAGAUUAUCUGCUUUUGAAUACAACUAUGGAGUGUGGAACUUCAGACUGCACACAAUAUCCCACUGUGACUGCGAUUAUAGGUUUAGGAGAUGUCUCCUGAAUGUAAAUGAUACCAUCUCCACAGUGGUUGGAAUAGCGUUCUUCAAUGUUCUCCAGGUGCCCUGUUUCAAUCUGGAACCAGAUGAAGGUUGCAUUAAGAAGACCCAAAGGAGCCAUUGCAAUAUCACUGAACGGAUGCCGCGGGCUGUUCUUCGUUCUCAACCCAUGUACAACUAUAUCCAUCCCAUUUUGGAUGAGUUUCAGAUGGGAAUGGAGUCUAAAACCACGGCAAGUUCUGCAGCAACCAGCAGACAGAGCCAAAUAAUCACUAGCCUCUCCACUGGAUCCACUACUCAUGAUACAUUGACAAAAUCAACCCAAAAGGUUAAAAGUACAAACAAAAAGUGUCACAAGUGCAAAGGUCACCAGAAGAAGAAAACCAAAACUAAUUCCCAAAAUAUCUUGAAGACAAAAGCAGAUAUGAUGCCCACAAUGGUACCCACUGAACUGGCUUUUAACCCUGCCAUUGAACAGAACUCAGUCCCUGUUGCCAUGGAGAAAAAAGAUGGUCCUAGAAAGCUUUUGCAAAGAAAUGUCUCUGAUGCCUUAAUGAACCAAGUGAAUGGGACCAUGGCUGUUGGAUUGGAUGAAAAUAACAGUAAAGAACAUAGUUUCACCAUUCUGGGAAGACAGAACACAGCAACCAGCUUAAGCAAAAGUGUGGAAUCAACCACAUUAUCAAGCAAAAACCGAACCGGGAUAAAACUGGCCAAGACCAUGUAUAACAUAAAAAACAAAGUUAGUAGCUCCUUUAUUUCCUCAAGAAAAGCAUUCGACUUGAGCAGUUUUUCUAAGAAUAGCAGUUUGAAAUCCUUACCAAGUGGCAGUGACAGAAAAGGCCACGCACCAAAGAAUCUGCCAUGUAGGAUGGGAAAUUGGAACCAUUCCGAAAUCAUCAUCAGCUCCCCCUGUGCGCAUCAGCCUCUGGAUCCAAUCAGACGUCGUCCAACUGCAUCUAAAGGUAAAUCCAGAGGUUGUAAUAUUUACAAAGCCCUGGAUCGGUGUGAGCACAAGAUCUCUCCACAGGAAUUCAAAUUCUCAUAUCACAACCAGCAGUCCAGGACUCUCUAUCACUGUGACUGCGUAAAGAGAUUGGCAAAACAGAUGAAGAAGCGUGUGAACGUCAGCACAGUGGAGUGGCUGUUGACUGAGUUUGUGUCACAGAGCUGUUUCUGGCUGAAAUCAGUGCCGAGGAAUUGCAGUAACGAGGAGUGGAGGCACUGUGCAACACAAUCAGGUUCCACUGUGGCUGUCCUUUCCAAACCCAGGCAUCUCCAGAGGAUUCUGCAACACCUUGGCAUUAUAGAUGAAUACCUCAAUCCAUUAACAGAUGAGCAAGAAAGAUACAAGAAUGGAACAUCCAAUGUCACCAACUCCAUUAAGUUGUAUGACAAGUGUUUACAAUUGACUCAGGCUUAAAACUUUUUUUUACAAAUUACGCUAAAAUAAUUAUUAUUUCAGAGCUUUGGACAAUUGCUAAAAUACUAGUCACUGCCAAAGUUAGAGAGAUCAUGAUGGAAGAUACACCAGAUAGCAUUGGUUCGGAUGUCCCAUUUGAGCUUCCAUGAGAGUGAUACAUAGGAUAAAAAAGGAUUGAGCAGAUGGAAGAGAGGAUGUGAGUAAGCCAAGGACCUUAUCCACCACCUCAAGACUCAAACUCUGAAAAUCUCAAUUACAAAUCGGAGUAAUGUUGAUGUUGGAACUCAGAGGUCUAUAUACCUAUGAUACAUAGAGGUCUAUAUACCUUUAUACCUAUGGUAACAGUAGCUCCUCAAAUGCAGCCUAAAGCUGAGUGAAGAAACAAUGUAACUACAUUAAGAUUUUCAAAACCAAGUUGAUAAAUUUAUUGAUCUCCAGUUUUCAAAAAGCUUGUCUGAGCUGCACCAGCAUCUCAUGGAACAUUCCUAAACAGUAUUGACUGUCCACCAAGCUGCCUCACACCAUUACAUCUGAUUUCACAGAUCUCCAUGUUCACUAUUCAAUGUGACUUAUAGCUGCUCCAGCGUUUAACAAUAAGUGGUUCCUCAAUGCAAGCUUGAGGAACAGCAUCUAAUCUUUAACUCUCUGGAGCUUCUGGUCUAACUGCAAGUUCAACAACUUCAGAUCAAAAGCUCUUCCUUCAUCUUGGUCAAUGUGCGUUUUUCUCUUUUAUUUGUUUCGUUGGGUUGGUGUUGCUUACGUUCUUUCUUUAUCUCUUCAACUCACAUUCAGAAGGUCUCCAUGUAACCCUUUAUUUCUUAACGCACCCAUUGCCACUUGCUUCAGCUGUUCCAUCUUGAAAUCUUUUGUUAGUUACUCUCUGCUGCCCUCUACCUCUUCUCUCUUCUUCUUACUACCAUCACAGUGCCCUUGCGCUCUCUUUCUCACUCUGUCUCUCUCUCUCUCUAUCGGAUGACAAGUCAUCUCAACCUGAAACAUA